UGAACGGAACACGGGUCUACUUCUACUGAGUGCCGUAAGGACAAAUACGAAAAAACGUGGUAAUACGCGCGAACAGAAAUUUAUCCCGCGCUUCGUGAUAUAGCUUUGGAAGUAUCUCGUUCGUAUUAUGAAUAAGAAAAUAUUCGUUUUAUCAUUAACUUUUGAUGUAUAAUACUCGUUGCGUACCCGUUUAUACUCGUUGCGUUGUUAGAGUGCAGUAACUGAAAAAAAAAAAAAAAGGUACCAUGCCUAUACGCUCGUCAUUCGUUCUUCCGUUUCUCUUCUUCCGUUUCGUUGUUUAGUCGGUCGUUUUUUUUUUUAUAUUUAUACGUGCAUACGAUCACGCUUGCACGCAAGCACGCGAGUGUAUAUAUAUAUAUAUAUAUAUCUACUUAUAUGAGAGCGAAAGUGAAAAACAGGAUUGUUGUAUAGUAAAUGCAAUACAACGACUGCACGAUAGACGUGCAAUGUGUGGAUAAAUACAUGCACGACUUCUUCAAAAGAUUCUAUAGAAUUGUUCCUACCUCCUAAAGCUUCUAUAUCUUAUCCUUCUCCUCUCUCUCUCUCUCUCUCUCUCUCGUUCCCUUUCCCCCCUAUCUUGAUCCUUUCCCCUUUCUCACAACCCCCUUCUCCUAUUUCUUUUUUUUUUUUAUUUACAAUUAGUUUUACUCUCAUUCUUUUUUCCCUUAUUUCUUUUGUGCGCGCUCUUACAAAUUUCGCGGUUCUAUGUAUACCGGUAGUUGAUGUAAAUGUCACGAAUAAUAAGCAAGACUAGUGCCUUAACCGCGACAAAAAAGUGUCUCUUAAAGGGACAAAAUUAUGUGUAUGGACGUUCCGAUUAACAAGAAGAAGAAGAAGAUGACCGACAGCAUAGUCGAUGAGGAGGUGCAGAUAGUAGAAGCCCGCGUUACCAGAGGUUUCGAUAAAGUUGUCGUUAAACAAGAACGUCCAGAUGAAGCGGAGAUCCGAGAAUUGGCUGCCAAAAUGGUGGAAGCGAACAAGGCGAAAAUGGUUUCGGCGGCGACGGUGACAGGGGCUGGCGGGGCAGGAGGAGGAGGAGGAGGAGGGUCAGCACAGCAAAGAGGAGCAGCAGGGAGUCAGUGUUUAUCUUCCCCACAAGGAAAUCUUCCUGGUAUCCUCGGUUAUUUAAACAAACGUCCGGCUGACUCGACUGUGGCCAAGACAACAGGUUCAACCACUUCAACAGGGGAUGGUAAAAUUCCUUUGGACGAUGAAAGUCAAAGGGGUAGAUUUGGAUGGAUCACUUUCGACGAGAUUCACAUACCUUACAUAUACCGUGCCGGUGAAAAAUAUUGCGCGGUACGAAUCCUAGAGUCUAAGCUCCUGAACAAGUACCUGAGUUUUCUGCACUCGGAUAUCUAUAGUUGUACGUGCAUAAGAAGUUACUAUAUUACGGAUUCCGAGAGUAGGCUUUUCAACGAGAUUAAUAUGAAGCAUUGCGAUAGUCAAUUUGGAAGGGAUCAGUUUUCGUGCAAGGAUCUUGUAGUGAGGUUAUCCGACGCUAAAGAAUUCUAUACAUUUUUGGACGUUUGUUAUACCAAGUUAACAGCCGGCUCAAGUCCAAACGUAUCUAGCAGGCACAAGGCAGAGAAGUGUGGUUUCAUACGGAUUAAUAAAGAAUCAGUGGUACCUUAUACGGUGAAGGACGGUCUUCAGUACGUACCCUUAUUUUAUUUCGAGGGUGAAACGGAAAAUUUGAAAUUAAAAGCGGAGAAACUUGAAGGUUGGGACCUUUCGUAUUUGAAGUUUUGCUGCAAGGUACAGGGUAUAAGAAACGAAUUGUUUGCAAGUGAGACAUGCUCCGUGAUCAGUUUGAGUGAUAUUAAAAGUUAUUUUCCUCCCGACACGGGGUUCGAAGAUUAUUGGCCGAACAAAGUGAUGGAUUCUCAGUUAUUAGUGAGUAGCAAGGGUGGUGGGGGUGGCGGUGGAUGGACCAGACAACCUCCUACGCCACCAGUGUCAAAAACAUCCUCUGUACAAAAUAAUACGAGUAAAUCGAGUCUUAAUACUACGCGUACGGGCCCUUUACAGACGAUAUUACCACGUGGAACUAGUACCACGAGUGCGCAACCAACUCAGCGCGUUAGUCAAUCAAGACAAACAACUGCUGUAACUCAUCCUGCUCAUUCAUCUCCAUCAGCACUUCCUUCGGGAAGAUCGAGCAUUGCUUCGCAACCGAUGCUGAACGUCGUACAAGGCGUUGUCAAUGGAUGGUCGGGACUUGUUGGCGGUCAACCAGCGUAUCAAACAGCUCUGGUAUCUCAGGCUAAUUCCCUCAUACGUACACCACCUCCAUUAAAUAUGCACAAUAUGUCUGCGUCAACUAAAACCUAUACCACUCAUCAAUUGAGGAGUAGAGGGGGUGGUGGCGGAGCAACGGUUCAGUAUCCUGGAGUUUAUCCAGUUACUACUAUGCAAGCCGUAGCUCAGGCCCAACCACCCCCUCUCGUUAGAGCAACGGCGCAUAAUAGUCAACCUAAUCUUGGUUAUCCAACCUAUGGGAAGGAUGACUGGGUAACUACGACAUAUACGACACCUUCAUUGGGUGUUCCUGAUGCAGUCACGGCCAGAACAUAUCCUCAAAUGAUUGGCUUAAGUGAACAGGUACAAGCCCUUAUGCCAGCUCCUACAACAGCGUCGUCAUUAUUAUCACGUCAGCAAAGGCAUACACCACCAGUACACAAUACAUCCCAUACAAAAUAUCCACCACCUUUAAUACCAGUAAAUGGAGGUAAUAAUAGUUCCAGGGAUACGAGAGUAAGGAAACCUUUAAUAAAUAUCACGGAACCGUCAAUAUCAAAUUGUCAAACUCAACCAUACCAAGUUCAAAAGGCAUUAAUAGAAGACAAAAUGGUACCUUGUAUCAACUUUAAACCAUACAUCUACUCAGAAUUAUUGAUGACACUUCCCGAUUUUGUGUCUAAUUAUUUUCCUGCUUGUGACAUUAACAGUUGUAGACAAGUUCUUACGGACGUCUUGAAUAUAGAUCUAUAUCAAGGGAAUAGACUGCAAAUGAAAAUGUUGAUGGAUGCAGGCAAAUGUUCUUCUGUAAACGAAGAAUUACCGCUAAUACAAGUAGGAAAUAUUAUGAAGUACAUGCCUCAGUUUAAGUACAUGUUUAACAGAGACGAUAUGGUAAUGCCUGCACCACCAGCACACUCUUCUGAAGAGCACCCACCGAAAAAACGACAACGCACUAGCUAGGACUGGCUACAGCCUUACUGGCCUACGUACGAUUAUUAUCAUCCGGCAUUUUAAAUAAAGCCGUGAAAAAAAAGGGGGAUGAACAAAUGAAAGAAGAAGAAAAAAUAUAUUACGUACAUACUUGAGAUGAGUUACUUGCUAUGUAAGAGUAAUAUUACAAGAAACAUCUGAAUUUUUGUUUGUUGAGAAUACAAGAGAUCUGUGAAGACGUCAUAGUCUGAAAGAAAAAGAGCCAUUUCUUUCUCCAAAGCAUAUCUUUAUAUACACAUUAAUGAGAACAUUCAAAUGUUUGUAAAUAAAGUCAUAUAUAAUAAUAAUAAUAAUAAUAAUAUUGACAAAAUAUAGGCGGUGUGCGCGAUGAUUGAUGAUUAGUUAUUAUUAAUUAUUAUAAUUGCUAUUAAUUAUUAAUGUUUAUUAUUAUUACUACAUUAUUGUGUUCUUUGUGAUACUUUUUAUUUGUUUAAAUUUGCCCUUCUUCUUCCCCCCCCCAUUUGACGUUUCUUUCUAUAAAUACAUCCUUGUGUGAUAAUAUUUUUUUUUUCUCGUGCACUAUUAUUAAUCACAUUGCAAAACGCAAUUCUCUGUGUAUUCUAUAAAAAAAAAAAAAAAGAAAAAAACAAAAAAAAA